AUGGCUGAAAAUGGUGAAUUUAAUGAAAAUCUAAUAGUAGCGAUUCCAGUAACAAUAACUUCAGCACUAAUAACUCCAACAAUGAUGACCUUCAACAACAGCAUAUUACCUAAAAAGAAAG